UACAAAGCGGUCAAGUGUGGUGCGAUGAGGUGCUUUCUUGUUGCGGCGAAUAAUCGCGGCUUCACAACAGUCUUGACGAUGGCUUGCUUAGGGUCCGCUAGGCUUUGUGUACGAGUGCAAGAAAAACUGUGUCAGUUAGGACAUCUAUCACAAAUAACUAGGAAUAAUUCGACUUGCGUGCGCUCAAAAGGGUUUCCGGCUUUUAUUACUGUCAAUAAUUCACAGAAAUGCCAGGAUAAUAGUCGGGUCAGUUUGCCAUUAAACAAUAGCACAGUCAGUUCGGUAUCAGGAUGUUGGCAUCCCUGCAACCGACCGGAAACGGCCGCCACGGCCAGAAAUUACGCCACAAUGCGAACACAACAGCCUGGCCCUUUGCCAGUCUACCAAGUAGAUCCCUACCGGCUGCUAGAAGAUGACCUCAGAGACCUUUACGAGGACAUAAGACUGCAAUUACGGAAAAACACGUUUCAAAAGGAACUGUACGAUGUGGCUACGUACUAUUUUGAUGGCCAGGGCAAAGCUAUUCGACCAAUGAUAGCCAUCUUGAUGGCCAGAGCUAUCAAUUAUCAUAUGUAUAAAGAUAAAAGUGACCUUUUGCAAUCCCAAAGGAGCGUAGCAAUGAUUGCAGAGAUGAUUCACUCGGCGUCUUUGAUCCACGACGAUGUUAUCGACCAGUCGGAUUUCCGACGUGGAAAACCAAGUGUCAACGUGUUAUGGAGUCACAAAAAGGUUACCAUGGCAGGGGACUUUAUCUUAGCAGUAGCGUCUAUGAUGAUAGCAAGAUUAAAAAACGACGACGUCACUUUAAUUUUAAGUCAGGUCGUGACGGAUUUAGUUCAAGGCGAAUUCAUGCAGUUGGGUUCGAAAGAAACGGAAAACGAAAGAUUCGCUCACUACCUCACCAAGACCUAUAGAAAAACUGCGUCUCUCAUGGCCAACUCGGUCAAAUCUGUGGCACUUUUGAGUGGAGCAGACGCAGAAUUGGCUGAUCUCGCCUUUCAGUAUGGACGAAAUUUGGGUUUAGCUUUUCAAUUAGUCGACGAUCUUUUGGAUUUUGUGUCGUCAUCUGCCCAAACGGGAAAACCAACGGCUGCAGACUUAAAGCUCGGACUAGCCACAGCACCUGUUCUUUUUGCUUGUGAAAAGUUUCCGGAACUAAAUGCAAUGAUAAUGCGUCGGUUCCAAGAACCGGGUGACGUAGAAAAGGCGUUCGAAUUCGUUCACAAAUCGAACGGUUUAGAACAAACUCAGUAUCUAGCAAAACAACACUGCCAAGAGGCCGCCAGGAUAGCCAGCAUUAUAGCGGAAAGUGCCUUCCAAAAGGCCCUCAUAGUCACAACAGACUUGGUUCUGAAUCGCAUGAAAUAGCGACGAGUUUUACUUACAGUCAAAAUAAUAUUAAUUAUUGUUAAUAGCAAACAAACAUUUUGGAAACACAAUAGUCAUGCAUGUAUACAUGCUUUCGUUCCAUUUUCUAAUUAGUAAGUAAUAAACUCGGGGGAUUUGUGAUUCCCUUUCGAGAAUUAUAACUCACGACCAGUUCCAAACUUUAAAGUCCAUUUUGCUCUUUUUUUAUUUAUGUCGUAUUGCUGUAAGUGUAUAAUAUAGUAAUAUAUAUAUAUAUAUAUAUAAAUAUAUGUUAGGAUACUGCUAGUAAAAUACCCUUAUCUAAUUGUUACAGUGCUUACUGUAAUUUGUUAUCCUAAUUAUAACUUUUCUGUUACCAUUUUGCAAAAAUUGAUAGAAAGAAAAUCAUUUUUUGACUGCUUGUAGUUAAUCUUUUUUUUUUCUGAAGUUACCUUUUUUUCGACUUAACCAGGAUGUUAUGCUCGUGUUAAAUAAUUAAUUUUUGCUUUUUAUAUUUUUAUGUCCAAGUCAUACCGUGUUAAGUGUAUUUAUAUUCGAAUUGUAUGUUAUGUAUAUAUAUUAUGAAAUAAUCAGUGUUACCAUGACCAACAAGUCGGUCUUCCAUAAUAAUAAUAAUAACUGUUUUCAUUAUUAUUAU